AUGUUAGAGGGAGACACAGAGCACUGGUGGGCCUCAGUGAAGCAAUCCUGGGAGGAAUCAGGGAUGGAAGCAAAUUGGGGAAAAUUUCUUGGAGCCUUCAACGAGAAGUACUUUACUGAUUCUGUACGAGAAAGAAAAGAAGUAGAAUUUAUCGAGCUGCAACGGGGGAAUAUAACUAUAGAACAGUAUGCAGUAAAGUUUGCUGAGCUGUCGAGGUAUGCGCCACAUAUCAUCAAGACUGAGGCGCAGCAAGCAAGUAAGUUUGUGAGGAGUCUUAGGUCCGACAUAAGGGGGAGGGUGAUAUCGGCAAAUCUUAAAACCUUUUCUCCAUUGGUGGACUUGGCCAUGAAGAUUGAGAGGGACUGUGAAGAGUCCCGAGUUAGAGGAAAGUGUAGAAUGGGCCCAGCCCAGUUUGGAAGUUUCAAAAGAAAGGCUCAACCACCCCCAAGGAGGAACUUCGGGAGAAGAGAUAAUCCGAGGGGUAAGAAGAUUCGAAGGACCUUGUCGGGUGACAUAAGGGAGAACCGACGCCCAACGUGCCCAUAUUGCGGAAAAGAUAAUCACUCGGUGGCUGACUGUCGAAAGAAGGCUGGGGCGUGCUUUGGGUGUGGCAAGUCAAGCCACCAGAUUAGAGAUUGCCUAACCAGGGGAUCAGAAAACCAACCAAAGCCUCAAGGUCAGGUAUUUGCUCUUAUCGAGUGGGAAGCUAAGGCAUCAACUUCAGUUAUCUUAGGGUGUGUGCUGCCUAUACAUCUGAUAUUAUUAGAUAUCCAAGACUUUGAUGUUAUUUUGGGCAUGGAUUGGCUAUCCACACCCCAUGCUAUUGUAGAUUGUCGUGAUAAGAUUGUAACCCUUAGACGCCCAAACCAGCCUGAGUUGAACUUUUUUGGCGUCAAGGAUGUUUCCCCUUUGCAUUUUAUUUCGGCUAUUAGGGCUUCGCGUUUAUUAGCUAAAACAUGUGUUGGGUAUCUAGCUUACGUAGUGAAAAAUCGAGAUGACCGAUCUAAGUUAGAAGAAAUACCGGUGGUGAGAGAAUAUCCAGAGGUCUUUCUCAAAGAAUUAACCUUUCUGUCCCCGGUCAGAGAAAUAGGAUUUUCGAUAGAUGUGGUCCCUAGACCUGCCCCUCAUCUCUAA